UCGUGUGCAUGAGGUAAACACGCUUUCGUGUACUAUAAAAGUCCUCAACCCAUCCCCACCACCGAGCAGUUCACCAAAUGGCCAUUAGAAUGGAAUGAUAAUAAUUGUGGGAGCUGACAACCGGACAACUGCUCUCACUGUCGAUCAUGUACGGUUUCGUGAAUUAUGCCCUGGAGCUCCUAGUUGUGAAGACGUUCGACAACGAGACAUGGGAGGCAAUAAAGAAAGAGGCGGCUGUCAGUAUGGAGGGACAGUUUCUCGUACGACAAAUCUAUGACGAUGAAAUCACCUAUAAUAUCAUCUCAGCAGCGGAGAAGUUACUCAAAAUUCCAGCGAAUCAAAUUCUCGAGCUCUUCGGCCGUAUGUUCUUCGAGUUCUGUCAGGACUCUGGCUACGACAAAAUUCUCCAAGUUCUGGGAGCCACUCCCCGUGACUUCCUCCAGAAUUUGGAUGCCCUCCACGACCACUUGGGCACCCUCUACCCCGGGAUGAGAGCCCCCUCAUUCCGCUGCACAGAGAGACCCGAGGACGGUGCCCUCGUCCUCCACUACUACUCUGAUCGCCCGGGCCUGGAGCACAUUGUCAUUGGAAUAGUCAAAACAGUGGCCAAGAAAUUACACGGGACAGACGUUGACAUGCAAAUACUCAAGACCAAGGAUGAGUGCGAUCACGUCCAGUUUUUGAUAACAGAUACAUCGGCUCCUGGGGUCACUACCAAACCCAUCACUGCUGAGCUGGAGACAUUAUCAGUUGAACCAAAGGUCAGCCCUGCGACGUUCUGUCGAGUAUUUCCCUUUCACCUGAUGUUUAACCGUGACCUAACGAUAGUGCAAACCGGCUGUACAAUAACCCGAGUCAUUCCUCAAGUGACAACUGGCAGCUGUAAACUCAGUGACAUCCUGCUGACAGUCAGACCGCACUUGGAACUUACAUUUGAAAAUAUAUUAUCGCACAUUAAUACUGUUUACGUGCUUAAAACCAAGAAGGGAGUGAUGAAGGUGGAGGCGUCCGAAGAAUUUUCAAAUUUACGGUUGAAGGGUCAAAUGCUGUAUAUACCAGAAUCCGACUUAGUAAUCUUCCUGUGUUACCCAAGCGUAAUGAACCUCGACGAUCUCACAAGACGCGGUCUCUACCUGAGUGAUGUGCCACUUCACGAUGCAACGCGGGAUCUAGUUUUAAUGUCUGAACAAUUUGAGGCUGAUUACAAACUUACCAGAAAUCUUGAGUUACUCACUGAUAAACUGCAACAGACUUACCGGGAAUUGGACGGAGAGAAGCAAAAAACUGACAGAUUGCUGUACUCAGUACUGCCAAUAUCAGUGGCAAGUGAGCUGCGACACUCGAGACCCGUGCCAGCAAAAAAAUACGAUUGCGUAACACUACUGUUCUCCGGUAUCGUAGGUUUCGGUGCAUAUUGCGCUGCUAAUACGGACUCGAGUGGCGCCAUGAAGAUCGUCAAUAUGCUCAAUCAGCUUUACAUAGCUUUCGACGUUCUCACGGAUCCCAAGAAAAAUCCAAACGUUUACAAGGUGGAGACUGUCGGUGACAAGUACAUGGCAGUCAGUGGAUUGCCCGAGCCCUGCAGGAGUCAUGCUAGAUGCAUAGCACGACUUGCCCUCGAUAUGAUGGAUCUAGCUGCUGAUGCUGUACAAAUAGACGGUGAGCCAGUGAAAAUCACCAUCGGUAUUCACAGUGGUGAAGUUGUUACGGGGGUUAUUGGACAUCGUAUGCCACGCUAUUGCCUCUUUGGUAACACGGUCAAUCUCACGAGCAGAACUGAAACGACCGGGGAGCCGGGGAAAAUCAAUGUUUCGGAGGAUGCAUACAGAUACCUCUGCAUGCCCGAGAAUCAGGAUCCGCAGUUCCUCUUGGAGUACCGAGGGCCCGUUACUAUGAAGGGAAAGAGCGAGCCGAUGCACGUCUGGUUCCUAUCACGAGAGAGGGAAUUACCGUCGUAAAAAUAAUAAGAAUUAAGUGUUUAAAUAAAUGACAGCAUUCUCAUACGACUCACGAUCCUAUUACGCUCUCUCUUUCUUUCUGUAUUCUCCUGCGACCCGUUAACUUGUGCGAUUAAAACUUUCACAAUAGCAAUAAGCGAUGAUGAGAUCUGCUUAAUGAUAAGAGAAAAGAUAUAAAUAUCAUCACUAACUCUGUAAUGGAACACAAUAAAAGUACCAUCUGACGUACAAACGAUGCAGCUUUGCGCACAUAUUUUUUAUUUGUUGCCGUGGUAAAUCAAAACAGACUCGUAACAUUUUGCUAUUCAGCAUUUUAGUGAUUUCCAUGGUGAGAAAUCACUAAAAUCGCAUAUUCAUGGAAAAUCGAUACAUCACUAUUGGAAAAAAUUGAAAUUUCAUGAACAAUCUGGUGGUAAUUCUCAUAAGAAGUGGCAUUGAAUUCGAUUUAUUAUUAUUUUUAUUUUUAUUUUCAUUUUUGUUUUUAUUUCACAAAGACAAAGCGUACUAGUGAUGCCGCAAGAGCGUAAGAGAAACAAUACAAGAGAACUACUGCAAGAAGCAGAUAAGAGACAGAUUUUUCUCUUGGUAAGAAGGCCAAGGGAAGGCAGGAGGGACGUUCACAAGAGGCAAGAGAAAAAAAGAGAUAUGGAGCAAGAAAAAAAUAAUUAAUCAAAAAAUUCAUCAAAAACUCUCAAGUCAUCAAUAAUAUAAGACCAUUAUCUUAAAUAACACUAUAUCUAUCUUUGGAUAUUGUGAAGAAUUAUGUAUUCCUCCAUUAGAUUAAUCUUUCUUCUCGAAUGGCGCAUCUUCUAUGAUCGGACCUAGUGGAGUUGAGAACCAUGAAUUCAUACAUAGCAAGUACUCAACAUUUUUGUUACUCGAUCGACUCCGGUGUUUUCUGAUGAUGAGACCAGCUUUUGAAAACAACCGUUCUGAAGGAACACUGGAUGCAUAAAUUGUCAACUAAUCACUAGCCAUACGAGUUAAACGAGGAAAACUCAAUUUAUUAAUCUCACGAAAUUUAAAAAUAGAAUUGUCGAGGUGCACAAGAGAACGCAAGACAAGACAAGAAUUUUUUUUCUCUUGCUCAUAUCUAACAGGACAAGAGACGAAUUUCCUCUUGCCAAUGGGAAGAAAACAAAACGAGAGAAAACUCAAAAAUUACAAGAUAAGAAUUAUGUAAUUCUUGUCUUGUUUUGUCUUGCGGCAUCACUAAAGCGUACGAAAAGUCGAUAAAUGAAAAUAUUAGUACAUAAAGUUUAAGGACACAUACAAAAAAAUUCAAUAGAAAACCUAUCGAAUUCUUCAGGUAAUUCUAUUGAAUUUCUAUUAAAUUUCCUAUUAG